AUGUGGAAAUCACGUUUGAAAAAUGCGCUGGCAACGCAUGCUAAUGACUGGAGUAUAGGCAUGUAUGCAUUUGCAACGAUGCACAAACAUAAGAUGCAGUCAGAGCUUGAACCCCGCGUACGUUACGUCAUACAUCGAGGUUUUGUGAAUGAGACAAAUGAUCCCGAGAGCGAGUGUCUCAUUUUCACUACCGACGUACGAUCGGGUAAAGCGUCAGAUAUUGCAAUGCGUCCAUCUGCACCUGUUGAAAUUGCAUGGUACAUUUCUCAAGAGCGCAUCCAAUUUCGCAUUCGUGGCUCGGCCCAUGUGUUGUCUGCUCCAACGCACGAAUGGCGACUUGGCUUCCCGGCUGCACAACUAGAGCAACGUGGCACUCGCCUCGACUGGGACCAAGAGCGUGAAAGAAUCUGGCGCACGUUGAGUCCAAAGAUGCGGGGCAGCUUUUUCGGGCCGACGCCAGGCAAGCCAUUGACGUCGUCGGAAAUACAACCUCCUGUGGAAUCUGUUGAGAAUAUUCCAGAGUCAUUCGCGUUGGUGAUUAUUGAGCCUCAUCAUGUGGACAUGCUAGAUUUGAAGAGUGCACAACGCACAUUGUAUGAGCGACACACAUCAGGCGUAUGGGAAAGUCAGCUAGUUGCACCCUAA